AUGUUGCUGGAUGUGAAGAAUCGUCCGCGUUGCGAUCUAAACAUAACGGCUGGAUUUGGUAACCAACGAGUGGUGCUUUCGGCCCACAAAUGCAAGCUUAUUGCCCAUUCAGAUGUAUUUUGCGCCAUGUUCCGCCACAAUACGAAAGAACGCGAGACAAAGUCGGUAAUGAUAGAAGAUUUCGCUGCAUCUGCGGUGAAAAGUAUGCUGACUUUCGUCUAUGUCGGUUCAAUUUCACUCCAGGACUUAGAGUCCAGGGAAGUUGGUGACGUAAUGCGCUUAGCGGACAAGUAUUUUAUCAAAGCGCUAAAGGCAAUAUGUGAGAAGGAGCUUAUUGCGAGAAUUCGCUCCUCAAAUGUUGUCGAUUUUGUGGAGCUGGCCGACUUUUGCAAUGCGACUUGUUUGUAUGAAAAAUGCGUUCAUUUCGUAAGUGAAAACGAUGAGUUGAUCCUUAUCAAUGCCGGAGUAACUCGUUGUAAGUUAUUUCAGAUGGGUAGCAACAUACACAGUACGUCCAGCUCGGUAUCAUGGCAAGCGUUGAUGGAUCGAAAUCCGAGACUGACGGCUUCCAUAAUGGAUCGCAUGAACGAUUUGGCCAACCUGGUGCCGCUCUAA